GACCAAUGCUUGACCGUUCAAUGUUCAAUAACAUAACCUUAAAAAUAUUUUUCGUUUAUUGCUUAAUUUUAUUGAAUAUUUAAAUAUUAGUUAGACUUUAAAACCUGCAGAAGACAUCUUAAAUCUAAAAAAAACAUUAAAUAUAGCCUGCUGUAAAUCAACUUGAUAACAUAAUAAUAAUUAUGGGUGAAGAAAGUAUUUUGAGUGUAAAGUGUCGAAUUUUAGAUAUCAUUUCGGAGCUAGAUGACCAUGAGGUGCAAAAUAUUGAAGAAUGGAUAACGUCUCAAUCUUACCGAAAGGAUUUAGAACAAAAGAGGAACCUUCAAAGAUCAGAGAAACAAUUAAUAAAAAUUGCUAACACAUUAAAGAAAAUUGUUCCCUUUGAGGCUGAAAUGACAACAGAGAAAAUUGAGCCACCAACUGUUGGUGAUCAAGCUGACUGUACCAAGGAAAACACAUGCCAUGUUGAUGAGUUCCUUUAUGACGAUAAACAGGUUGAUGAACUUGUGAAAGCAGAGAAAUUAACAAGAUUUUAUUGCUCACAAUGCAACUCUAGGAAAAUUAAGGAAUUAAUUUUCAUCUCUCACUCAAUGUCAAGACAAGCUUUACUAUAUAUAUUUAAGGUACUCUUGCCUAAGGACCUGGAAGACAAAAAAAUUCUAGAUGUUGGUUCUAGAUUAGGUGCAGUACUUUAUGGUGCUUAUUACUUUUCAAAUGCCUCUACUAUUGUGGGAGUUGAGAUGAACAAAGAAUUGUGUGAAAUUCAAGAAAAUGUUAUUAAGAAAUACUCUAUGGAUGCCAACAGAAUAAAAGUUGUGCAUGCUGAUAUUAUGGAGAGAAAUGAUAUCGUUGAAUGCUCUAAUAUAAUUAUCAUAAAUGUUUUAGACUUUUUUGUGGACAUUGAAAAACAUAAAGAGAUAUGGUAUUUCUUCAAAAAACAUAUUAAAAAGGGAAGCUAUUUAAUAGCGAACAGAAGUAUGGCUGAUACUUUAAACAGUCUAGAUAUAUAUGAAGAUAUGAUUGGCUGGUUGAAUAUUUGUAAACCCAAUCAAAUUGAAAAUGAAAUAUUUUUUGAUGUGGAAGAUUACAAUGAAUUAUACUUGUAUACAGUGAACUAAUAAAAAUUAUUUUAAAAACUAUCUA